AGUUUUGGCGCCACUGUUUAGCGGAAGUGGAGCUAGGUCAUAGUCUCGGCUGCUGGAGGAGCGUCGUGUUUUUGUUUUGCUUUAAUUUGUGGGGCCUUUUUUCUUAACCCCCCCUUAAAAAAAAAACAUCCUCCCAGCUGCGGCCACCACAAGUGUGAAGAUAGCGAUAGCCGCCCUGUCGGCCAGGAUGCGCGGCGACGAGUCGUCCGAUUCGGAGUCGGGCCGAAUGGAGGAGAGCAUCGCGCGGAGGAGUUUGGAAACGCUGUGUCAGGAGCUCAACAUGGACGAGCGCACGGCCACCGAAGCCAUGGACAACUUCACGACCAUCUGGAACACGUACACGCUGGAGGGUGAGGUAGUGCACUGGCUGGCCUGCUCGCUGUAUGCUGCCUGCAGGAAAGGAAGCACACCCACGGUGGGAAAAGGCCUGAUGGAGGGAAACUGUGUGUCGCUCACCAGGAUACUGCGCACCGCCAAACUCAGCCUGAUCGAGUUCUUCUCCAAGAUGCGCAAGUGGUCCGACAUGUCCAACCUGUGCGAGAACUUCCAUGUGCGCAUGGUGCGCCUGGAGCGCAACUUUGAGGUUUCCACUGUCAUCUUCCGCAAGUUCCAGCCCAUCUUUGCGGCCAUGUUUCGCAGCCCGCAUGGCUCCGAGGCGCCACCUCCUCUGCCGCGCCAGCCCCGCGGCCGGAAGCACCGCCGGCUGCCUUGUCACUCUGCCGACGUCUUCAAGUUCUGCUGGACGCUCUUUGUCUACACCAAAGGUAACUUUCACAUGAUCGGAGAUGACCUGGUAAACUCAUACCACCUGCUCCUGUGCUGUCUUGACCUGGUCUUUGGAAACGCGCUGAUGUGCGCCAACAGGAAGGACCUCAUCAACUCCGCCUUCAUCGGCACAUCGGGGGACGAAGUCCAGGCGUGUGCCGACGAGGCGUCUCCAUGCGUGUUGGAGAGAUUGUGCGAACUUCACGACGGCCUGGUGGUGGAAGCCAAAGGCAUCAAGCAACACUACUUCAGGCCUUACAUGCACAAGCUCUUCCGCAAACAGAUCCUGAAGGGCAACGAGAAUCUUCUGACCGAACUUUUGGAUCCCCACAACUUUAUUGACAACAACAAAGCGCUCAACCGCCAGUAUGAGGAGUACGUCUUGACGGUGGGAGACUUUGACGAGCGCAUCUUCCUGGACGCCGACGCCGAUGAGGAAAUUGGAACGCCCAGAAAAAGUUUCCAGCCACCAGCUGCCGCGGGCACAAGCAUGGGAAAGGCCACCGCCGCUCAGACGCAGCUGCAGCAUCACAUGGAGAAGACGGCCUCUCUGGCGCCUUCUACGCCUCUGACGGGUCGCGCCUACCUAAAGGAGAAGGAUGUGCCGGUGACGCCCGUGUCGUCGGCCACGCAGAGCGUCAGUCGUCUUCAGAGCAUGGUGGCCGGGCUCAGGGGUGCGCCCAGCGAGCAGCUGCUGCACAUCUUCAAGUCGUGCUCCAGAGACCCCACGGAGUCCAUUGUGAACCGGGUGAAGGCGUUGGGACACACCUUCAGAAAAGAGUACACAGACGACGCGGAUCACUCUUCAGGGUCGCACAUCGACUUUGCUGAGAGUCGCCUGAAGCUCGCAGAGAUUCUCUUCUACAAAGUUCUGGAGAAUGUCUUGGUGCAGGAGACCAAGAGGCUGCAAGGAAAAGACAUGAGUGCUCUACUGGAGCAGGACAUCUUCCACUGCUCUCUUCUGGCCUGCUGCCUGGAGGUGGUUUUGUUCUGCUACAGCUCCCAGCGGACUUUCCCAUGGAUCCUCGACGUCUUCAAGCUGGCCCCAUUCUACUUCUUCAAGGUGAUUGAGGUGUUCAUCCGCUCCGAGGAAGGCCUGUCCCGAGACAUGGUCAAGCAUCUGAACCUGAUCGAGGAGCAGGUGCUGGAGAGUCGGGCGUGGACAGCAGACUCCGCCCUGUGGAAUGCCUUGAGUGCCGCCGGCAAUAAGGUGCCCUCCGUCGAGGAGGUUAAUUUCCCGUCCAGUCUGGACUCUAGCAGUUCUGCUUCCACCGGCAGCGCCCAGUCCCACCUGCCCCUGGUGGCACUGUCGCCCAUCGUACAUCCUCGCAUCCAAGAGGUCCGAUCUGGAUUGGGCAGCAUGCGCAAAGAAGUUCCACAGUCUCCACUAUCGGUGCACGACCGCUACAGCUCUCCGGCCGCCGGCAGCGCUAAGCGUCGUCUGUUCGGCGACGACCCGCCGGCCUCCGUGACGGCGAGCGGCCCUGUUGCGUCUCCCACCAAACGCCUGACACUCAGCUCAGCCGGCACCCUGAAGAUCGGUCCCCAGGCGGGCCAGACGGCCGUGCUCAGCAUACCGCUGCAAGGAGGCGGCAGCGAGCACACCAUCACGCUGAUCCCCGUCCAGCCGUGCGACCCGACGGCCGGCGGCCCCACUCAAUUCUUGCUGACGGCCUCGCCCGGCCGCCCCCUUCCGCCGCCAACUGUUGCGGAGGCCCAGCCGGCGUGCGGCCGGCCACAGCGCACCGGAUCCCUGGCGCUUUUCUUCCGCAAGGUGUAUCACCUGGCUAGCGUGCGGCUUCGCGAUCUAUGCGCCCGACUGGACAUUUCGUGCGAGCUGCGCGCUAAGAUCUGGACGGCCUUUGAACACGCUCUUCUUCACGCCGCCGAACUCAUGAAGGACCGACACCUGGACCAGAUGUUGCUCUGCAGCGUCUACAUUAUUGCCGAACAAAUUUCUAAAGAGGAGCACACCUUCCAGGACAUCAUAAAGUGUUACCGCAGCCAACCGCAGGCCAGCAGCCAUGUGUACCGCAGCGUCCUUCUUCAUCGCACUCCCAGCCACCGGGUGGCGCCGUCUGAUGAGAACAUGGAGGUUGACCCUGCGUCGGAAGCAGAUUCUGCCGAGAAGACGCAAGCGGGCAAGGAGGAACGCGGCGACUUGAUCCAGUUUUACAACGACGUCUACCUGCUCAAGAUGGAAAGUUUUGCUAUGAGAUACGCUGCGCAUGACAACAGAAUGCCCGUGUCACCGUUCCCAUCAGUGCGUUGCCACCCGCCGUCUCCUCGUCGAGUGUCUCAGCGUCAUUGCGUUUACGUGUCGCCUCAUAAAGCGUCGAGGGGAGGCCUGGCGCCAAACUCUUUCACUUUCCGGAUCAACAGCAGCCCCUCCAAGGAUCUGUCCGACAUCAACCGUAUGCUGCGGCAAGGUUGCAACGGCCGCAAGAGAGCCCUUGGCAUGGAGAGUGAGCUGAUGAUGUCAGUGUGCGACUCCCCCAGCAAGCGGGCGUGUUCUGAGAGCACCGCCAGCAGCCCCGACAUUUUGCUAAAGAGGUUACAGGAUGUCGUGUCAGAGAGGCAGAGCCACUGAAAAAUGAGUGAGCACGCUAAUAUUGUUCAUCAAAGCGUCAAUGUUAACUUCUUAACAUGACUCCUAGCUAUAGCACUGAUGCUGCCAUGCUAACGUUACUGGUCAUUACUGAGCUUACACGCAUGACCAGUCACUGUGAAGCUAAUGCUUGCUUGGUAACAUAACCGGUCGUGACGGAGUUUUAACGUUAACUCCUUGCGGGACUGUAAACAUGGUAGUGUUAGCUGUUAAACUAGUCAAGACAGGGCUAAUGCUAACAUGACUGCUCAUUACAACACUGACCUGCUCAAGUUAAACGUUACAUAGCUAAUUAUGUCACAUAAUCCGUUGCUGUACAUCUAAGGCUAGCAUACUAACAUGACUGGUUAUUACAGUUACAUGCUAAUGUUGCUUUUCAUUCUGAUGCUACAGCUAACUCAUUACCCAACUAAAGUUAACUGACACAACGGGUUUCUGUGUUGGUAAUGCUAACGUUUAAGUUGAAGUGGUAAUGUCUUUGUGAGACUUUGGAAAAGGACUUUAUAGUUCUACGUAAGUCUACGUAAGAGUGUACCUGUUGUUCCACUCGAGUCGAAGGACAACUAUGAGCCUGUAAUGCUAACUGUUAGCAUUCUACAAGGGUUUGUUUUUAUUUGUUUUGGCUGCCAAUCCAAGUUAUCACAUUGGCUAUGUCGCCAUGAGAAAUUUGUGAAAUGUUUUUGAGAAGUUUUGAUCUUUUUGUGGUUUUUAAUUGGAAUUUGCUCGACUAUUUAAUGUAAUUGUGCGUGUGUGUGUGCGCGUGUGUAUCAUCUACACACGUUUGGUGAGCGUGUUGAACUUUUUCUUGAUCUUAUUCGGCCCCCUUGAACCUUUCAACAUUUUGCGACAUUUCAAACUUAAAACAUGAAGAUAUAAAAGUUUAAUUUUUUGUCAGGAAUCAACAACAAGUGGGAUACAAUCGUGAAGUGGAACAAAAUUCAUUGGAUAAUUUAAACUUUUUUAACAAAUAAAAAACUGAAAAGUGGGGCGUGCAAUAUUAUUCGGCCCCCUUGCGCUAAUAAUACUUUGCAGCGCCACCUUUAGCUGCAAUUACAGCUGCAAGUCGCUUGGGGUAUGUUUGUAUGAGUUUCACACAUCGAGAAACUAGAAUUCUUCCCCAUUCUUCCUUGCAAAACAGCUCGAGCUCAGUGAGGUUGGAUGAGAGCGUUUGUGAACAGCAGUCUUCAGCUCUUUCCACAGAUUCUCGAUUGGAUUCAGGUCUGGACUUUGACUUGGCCAUUCUAACACCUGGAUACGUCUAUUUGUGAACCAUUCCAUUGUAGAUUUGGCUUUAUGUUUUGGAUCAUUGCCCUGUUGGAAGAUAAAUCUCCAUCCUAGUCUCAGGUCUUUUGCAGACUCCAACAGGUUUUCUUCCAGAAUGGUCCUGUAUUUGGCUCUAUCCAUCUUCCCAUCAAUUUUAGCCAUCUUCCCUGUCCCUGCUGAAGAAAAGCAAGCCCAAACCAUGAUGCUGCCACCACCAUGUUUGACAGUGGGGAUGGUGUGUUCAGGGUGAUGAGCUGUGUUGCUUUUACGCCAAACAUAUCGCAAACUUGCACAGUGCUCCUUGAGAUGUUUAAAGCUUGGGAAAUCCUUUUGUAUCCAAAUUCGGCUUUAAACUUCUCCACAACAGUAUCUCGGACCUGCCUGGUGUGUUCCUUUGUCUUCAUGAUUCUCUCUGAGCUUUAAACAUAACCCUGAGACUAUCAAAGAGCAGAUGCAUUUAUACCGAGACUUGAUUACACACAGGUUUAUUCUAUUUAUCAUCAUCAGUCAUUCAGGACAACAUUGGAUCAUUCAAAGAUCCUCACUGAACUUCUGAAGUGAGUUUGCUGCACUGAAAGUAAAGAGGCCGAAUAAUAUUGCACGCCCCACUUCAGUUUUUUAUUUGUUAAAAAAAGUUUAAAUUAGCCAAUAAAUUAAGUUCCACUUCACGAUUGUGUCCCACUUGUUGUUGAUUCUUGACAAAAAAAUUAAAAUUUUAUAUCUUUAUGUUUGAAGCUUGGAAUGUGGCGAAAUGUUGAAAGCUUCAAGGCGGCCCAAUACUUUCGCAAGGCACUGUAUCUGUGUGUAACCACGUAGGUUAACUUGUGAAAUUAAAAUACAAUGUAAAAAACGUG